AUGCUAUAUUUCAGGCGCCGGCGAUACCAGCAUGUCUGGGCCGGCAUAGGACGAGCUUACUAUGGGUCACUCGCAAGUCGACCCCCAAGGCGACACCUAAGGAAUGACAGUCACAACGCCAAUAUCGACCCGACAUCCCCAAGCACUAAGUCGUUCGCCCACGUCAACCGAAGAGAUGCGAAAGGGCGAUGGCAAGACUUAAUCCGAACGACGCCGCCGCCGCCAAUAGAUCUCAGCCGAAAGAUUGGAAAAGUGCCUCGGCGAUACUUGAACCUAAUCUCGCUCCUGCCUCCAGAGGGUCGGCAAGGAGAGCAUGACUCCGACCAGCAGGAUUCGACCCCUCGAAAGGCCGGGGAGGGCUCGUCUGUCCUUGCCGACACACAAGAGAAAAGAGGGAGCUCUGUCUUUGAUGGCGUCAGUCGAGAUUUCCACGCCCCUAGGCUGUCUACCGGGGAUAGCCUAAUACAUGUGCGAACCAACUGGACAGCAAUGCGCCGAGCCACGCCUUCGAAAACCUUGCGACCACCGCUGCGAGGGCAUAAACACAAGACAAUAAAUCCGAAUAUCAAACUAGAAAAAUUCAUGUCCAAAGAGGAUAUACAGGAAAGGCCUGAAAUAGGGAGCAGUUCCUCCGAUCUCUCUGGCCAGGGGACCCAUCUGGACCCUAUUAUCCACGACAUGUCCCCGCCCACGCCCAUACAAUCACAAUCCACCGACAAAAUAGUACCAGCAGUGACCGAAAUCCCCAUGCCGUUGAUGCGUCGCAGGAGGAGAGGUCGCGGGUCCCGCUCGUUUGUAGGACCCUCCACAACAACUCCAGUUAUGGACGAAACCGAUAAAAAACGGCUAUCACAACAUUAUAUGGAUUACGGCCCCGCCACAGCAACUCCAGCGGUGGAUGAAAUCGAUAGAAAACGGCUCGCAGAGCAGGCCAUGGAUUAUGGCCCCACCUUUGCGCCCUACACCACCAAGCUGCUCAAACGAACCGAAGGCUGGGAAGAGCGCCCAGCGCUGUGGGAUAUCAGCCCCGGGUGCCUCCUCUGGCUCCCCCCCUACUACAAGAACCCCGAGGACACAAACUUGCUGCAUCCUCAUCCUAAUAGCGUGGACCACCCCAUUGUCGUCCUCAGCGUCGAUGUGUCGGGGCCGGAGGAUGCAAUCGUAACUUUUAUGACUAUCCGGUCGUUCAAGUCGUUCGGGGCGAAGACAUCGCUGCUUAACUUCUGGAAGAAGUACUUGCCGCUCUCGCGCUUCCCGCGCGAGAACUGGAGAGACGAGCCCGAGGCGCGAGAGAGCUGGAAGGACGCUCUGCUAUUCCGCGAGAACUACACGGGUAGGAAAACAAACAGGGUGCAAUACGUUGAUAUACAGAAUAUCAGUACGGCGCGGUGGGAGGACCUUCGGUGCUACCAAGGGGAGCGGCGCGUUAUAGGGAUUCCGCAGCGACUGUGCGAGGAGUCGAUGGCGCGGUUGCGGGCGGCGCGGACGUGGUGGGAGGGGCAGUGGGAUACGAAUCGGGGAUUGGUGAAGUGGGAGGACGAGUGGGUGCCGUCAGGAAAGAUGAGGGAUGUGUUUAGACAGAGGUAUAUUGAGCCACUGGGGGAGGAAGACAACGAACUCGGGUCGGUGGUGACAGGGAAGGUAGCGAAUGACGCGUCGGGGGGAAGUGGUGAGUUGGCACUUCAAAUGAAAGAAGUGAGGGCGGAGAUGAGGGCCGAGUUUGAGGAAGCGAGGAAAAAGAUGAGAGCGGAGCUAGAGAAGGUGAGGACGGAGAUGAGAUCAGAGCUGAUGACAAGGAUGAUAGAAGAGCUCGAGGAUGUGAGAGAGGGCUUGCAGGUGGUAAACAGAGCAGAGAAGGCGGUCGUGGAGCUGGAACUAGCAAAGAGCGCGAGACCACCGAUGCCGCCGCCGGAGUACGCGACAUCUCCGCAGUUGGCGGUCUGGCACGCAGCGAACGACAUGCCAGAGUGGAGUGGUGACUUGACAAAUAAAGCGGAGGCGAUGCGGUUAGAGCUGAAGAUGGCAAGAAUGGAGGUGGACGGCGUGAGGGCAGAGAUGGAACGGAUGCGAGGCGAUAUGGACAAGAUGAAGGUGGACCUGGCGCUGCUCAAGCGAGCGGACGCGGCGCGCGAAGCGGCGGGGCGGCGAAAGAGCGUGAAGGUUCCGGACGUGGGGAUGUACGCGCCGGCGCUGGGCCCGCGAUCACCGGCCUCGAGGGCGGCACUACCGCCAGGGGCAGCAGGCGACGUAUUAGAAGGGACGGGAGAGUCGACACUUAAAGGGUUGAACAAGGAGUUGAAGCAGGCGAUGAGCGCCACGGCACAAGCCGCGCAGACACCGGCGCCGAAUCCGGCGGCUUCAUUGUUGCCCCAGGUAGCGGGGAAAGGUCCAAGGCUGGGCCCGCUGGCACAGUCUAGGGGAUGA